GCCGUCCGUAGUUCGCACGCCGUCACGGCGACAGAACGCCAGCGACAUAGUCCGCGACCGCACACGCUCCGCUCGCGCCGGACGUAACGAAAUAAUAAUUUACGCCGUUCGCCGUUCGCCGUCAUGUCCGCCUGUACCGCAUCGCUGUCCGCCGUCUUAGUCUGCUGCGCGCUGCUCGUCACCGUCGCCGCCAGACGCGGACAGAACGCGGCGCGUCCGACGACCGCCGCAGAUUGGCGCGAAGACGUCGUCCACACGACUGGUGGCGGCGGGUUGCGUUUACGCGACUCCAUCACUUCGGGCGGAAGUUCUUCGUGCUGCAAUGGGCCGUACACUACGGCAGCCGCCGCCUCAACAUCGUACAACAUGGCCGUAGGUCCUCGUGAAAUUCCUUUGAGUGUCAUAUUUGAACUGAACCAGGUGACAAAUGUGUCAGAACUGUUCUCUAAAUUCAUGCCGGAUACAAAUAUAGACGAAGCCCAAACACUUUUCGCUACGACAGGUUUUCAAAGCCGAACUGCGCUAAAUGUAGAAAGAAAAUCAACGUUGGUACCUAAGCCAGCCGGUUGUUCUGUUGAACUUCAAACAAUCAGCCUUAAAGAUACUGACGAUCAAAGUUUAUACUAUUAUCCAACAUGCACUCGGGUGAAUCGUUGUGGAGGUUGCUGCGCCCACGACUUAUUGGCAUGUCAACCGACUAAAGUCGAUACCCUCAACUUCGAAGUAAUGGUCUCACAGUAUAAUGAUGCGGGGAAAUUAGAAUUCAAAGGUCGAAAAACAGUGUCAAUUGAUCAACAUUUGAAAUGCAAGUGUGGAUGCGUCGUCAAACAAGAAGAUUGUACCCCUUUGCAAACGUACUACCCCAACGAGUGUCGUUGUAUGUGUAGUAACGAAGAGGACCGUGAUAAGUGUAACGAAGAAUACAAUUUAAAGCUAUGGAAUUCAGCGACUUGCACAUGCCAAUGUCGUGAAAUAAAAGAAUGCACUUCAGGAUUUGGAUUUGAUUAUAAUACAUGCGGGUGUGAAGCAUUAAGACUAAGAAUAAAAAACACUGGGUAUGAAUUUAAUAAAAAUACAUAUUCAUUGGGAGGAACGUGACCUAAUUUAAAUGUUGAUGUAAAUAAUACAUUUAUCGAAAAUUAAUAAUCAUUUAUUAUGUACAAGGAUAGAGCUUCAAUUUUUCUAUUAAAUAUAUUUAUUUAUUUUAUACUUUGCUCUAUUUAUAUGUAUGUUGUAUACUUGUAUUUAUAUAAAGCCAAAACUGUAUUUAUAUUUUUUUAAAUUAUAUUUGUUUUUAUAAAUUGUA